AUACUUCUCUACAUUUUAUGUAACACUAGCAUAAUUGUUGUUGUGUUGACCCAUCUUCAAACUCCAUUCGAAGAUAAAGUGGCGCCUUAAAGAUAUGGCAUCUGCAAACUCCAUUGUUGUUGACCCAUCUUCAACCAAGCUUCUCCUUCACACCCCACUUCUCAUAGCUGAAGAUCAACAAGACAUAGUACCCAAUACAGUUGACUAUAAACAUCGUCCUGCUAUUCGAUCCAAACACGGACAAUGGAAAUCGGCUUCUUUCAUCAUUUGGGUGGAGAUGGCAGAGAGGCUUGCAUAUUAUGGGAUUUCUGGAAAUUUGAUUAACUUUUUGACCGGAAAGUUAGGGCAAUCUACAGCUAUGGCGGCUUCUAAGGUCAAUGCAUGGAGUGGUGUGGCUUCAUUGAAUCCUGUUUUGGGAGCUGUUAUUGCUGAUUCUUUUUUGGGGAGGUUUUACACUAUUCUGGUUUCUUCAAUUAUUUAUAUCUUGGGGCUAGGCUUGCUAACUCUAUCAGCAAUGCUACCUUCUUCAGAUUCGCAGACGAUGAUGUUCUUUAUUGCGCUUUAUAUGGUUGCAAUUGGGCAAGGCGGGCACAAGCCUUGUGUUCAGGCUUUUGGGGCGGAUCAGUUUGACGGAGAAAAUCCUGCUGAAAGCAAAGCCAAAAGUUCUUUCUUUAAUUGGUGGUAUUUUGGUCUGUGCAUGGGUUAUUUGCUAGGCAUCGGAGUUUUGAGCUAUGUCCAAGAGAACCUUAAUUGGGGCCUUGGUUUUGGAAUUCCCUGCAUUAUCAUGGUAAUCGCUCUACUUAUAUUCUUGCUUGGAACCUCAACUUAUAGAUACAUCAUAAUAAGUGAAAAUGAAAGCCCAUUCUUGAGAAUCGGAAGGGUAUUUGUCAAAGCAGCACGAAACUGGAAUGUUAAACUCCCUGUAUUUGGUAAAAAAGAAGACGCACAUCAGUUUAGGUUUCUUGAUAAGGCUUUGUUUGACGGUUGCAGCAAUAGUGAGGUAGGAGAGGCAAAGGGAGUACUCAGGUUGUUUCCUAUAUGGGCAGCAACGUUGGUUUAUGGUAUCGUUUACUCGCAGACAUCAACCUUCUUCACCAAACAAGGCAUUACAUUGGAAAGAUCAAUAGGUUCUACCUUUGUUAUACCAGCUGCAGCAUUACAAUGUUUCAUUGGAAUCUGCAUUGUUAUCUUUAUCCCAAUUUAUGAUCGUGUUCUUGUUCCUAUUGCUAGAUAUUUGACGGGUAAACAUGCUGGCAUAUCAAUGCUUCAGAGAAUAGGAACCGGGUUGAUCAUUUCCAUUUUGUCUAUGGCAGUGGCUGCUGUCACCGAGAAAAAGAGGCUUCAGACCACUGCACAUUUUGGGCUGAUCGAUCUGCCUGAUGUGACGAUCCCAAUGAAAAUUUGGUGGUUGCUUCCACAAUACGUGCUGUUUGCAAUUUCGGAGGCGUUUACCAUGGUUGGUUUGCAAGAAUUUUUCUAUGAUCAAGUCCCAAAAGAAUUGCGUAGUGUCGGAUUAUCUAUGUAUCUGAGUAUAUUCGGGUGGGGAGGGCUUUUGAGUAGCUUUCUCGUCUCAAUGAUCAACAAAGUUAGCAGUAAAUGUGGGAGAGAGAGUUGGUUCUCGGAUAACUUGAAUCGUGCUCAUCUUGAUUACUUCUAUUGGCUGCUCUCUGGUUUUAGUGUCAUUGGAUCCAUUCUUUUUAUCUACUUUGCGAAAUCAUACAUAUACAACAACAACAAGGCUUCUCGUUGAAAUUUGUAGUACUCAUCUCGAAAGCUAGGAGCUAAGGUCAAGAAACGUUGGAUAUUAUGGCUCGAAGUUGUUUUAAUGAUCAUGAAAAACAAUAACACCAAAAUUUGACGAGGUCCACCAACCUGACUAUAUCCUCUUUUUAGGCUAGCGUAUUGUAUUUUGUUAUGAAGGACAAUAACACCUAAAUACAUGUGGAUGUGGCCAUAUUUAUAGGCAAGGCGUCGACAAAAAGCGUGUGAAGGGCGGCGAUUUUAGACAUGCUCGUUCGAGCAUGCUAGUGCUCAUUCGAACAGAUGGAGGCGUAGCCAUUACGUCUUUUUCUUCCUUUCUUGUGAAGCAUCUUGCACCAAAGUACAAUGCUCAGUGUCCCUACUGAUGUUCUAAUUGCUAAAGCUUCUAAAUGCUGAGUCAAAUAAUCAAUGUAUAAGAAUGAUGUAUGGUAAAUGUAACCAUUAGAUUCAUCUCAAAAGUACCUUAAUUUAAUAUCUAUUCACUAAUUGUAUUGAAUAGAUAUUAUGUUUUUAGAUACUUUUUACAUUUAAAUUAUGGGUAACAAAGGAUAAUUAUUUUGUUUAUCUGUGCAAAUGUUAAGCUAGUACUAUAUAUUA